AUGUCUCUACCCAGCUCCCUACCUAGCGCUUUUGGCUCUGAGAUCUCAUUCACAACCCUGCUGGGCGCGGAGGGAACCGAGGCCGAGGAAUCAAUGACCACGCCAGUCCCCAGCCAUCGCAAACCCGAUCGCCUGUCUGUUGCGUGCAAGCAAUGCCGGAAGCGCAAAGUCCGAUGCGAUGCACAGCAGCCGAAAUGCAAAAAUUGCCGGGUGAGAAAUGAGGUGUGUGAGACCUCCGAUCUCCGACGACCAGGCAAGGGGCCGGCUGUCCGCCGACGCGCUGCUCGGUCGACGGGCUCAAGAUCUCAGUACGAUCAGCAGGACCCUGCUUCACCGGUUGUUCCGUCGCCAAGAUCAAACAAAUCAGGCCCUCGCAGUGAAGACUUAAGCUCUUUCCAAAACGCUGGCACCAAUCAUAGCCAAGGAGACAUCGAGUCCCCAACGGAGCUUGCAUCCUCCGAUGUAAUUGCGCAAAGUUUCCAUGAUAUCCCGUCAUUUUCAGCAACAAGCAAGCAAAGCCGGCCCAGUCGCCCGGCCAAAAAUCAUAUCUCUUGGUUGACUCGCGGAUAUCAAGCCAGUGCAGCAGCCCAGGUUCAAGAAACUGGAUCUGAGCAGGCUGGGCAAGAUUCUAGCUCUGAGGUAACCCCUGAUGUGGUGGUAAACACUGAUGGCACGCCAUAUAGAGUGAAAUUCCAAGGCGGGAGUAGCAUACAAAGUCUCUUCACAUUCGUUGACCUACACUUGGCCAUUCAUGGCUUUGAUCCUGCUAGUCCCUUGUUCAGACAUGGAAUGCAUCAAAGUGAAGAGAUUCCGCUAUCUCUAGCCUUAAGGCUACCACCGCUGCCCGAUCAUCAGAAAUUAAAUCGGUGCCUUGAUGUAUUCUUCGACCGGCUCUGGCCAUUCUAUCCAGUAAUCACUCGAUCUACUUUCGAGGCAGACAUCGAUACCAUAAUUUCUCAGCAGCCGCAGGAAGUAUCCGACUUCCAAUUCAGCAUUCAACACACCCAUAUACCUUGUUUAGUCGCAGUGUACUGCGUGCUAUGUAUUGGUAUCAACGAACUAUCAACCGCAGACUCAGAGCUAAGUAUCGAGUAUUUAAAUGCCGGAUAUCAACUCUAUUCUCACCUCGUUGCGACCCCUUACUUACCCAGCGCCCAAUCAUUAUUCCUUCUAGCACUUGCUCUUCGAUCAUGGGGCAAGGAUGGUCAGGCAUGGCAUAUUGUCGGUCAAGCAAUUCGCAUUUCGCAGUCACUCGGCCUACAUAAACUAGUCAUGAGACACUCGCCAGUCAAGGCGCAAGGAACUCCUUAUAAACACUCAGAUACUCUAGGGGAGAGGUUGUGGUGGUCGUGUUACGCCCUGGAAAAACAGAUGCAGCUCGAGUGCGGAAGGCCAUCAAUCAUCGACACUGAGUUUGAUAAUAUUACUUCAACCUGGUCACAAAAUCUCACUACCGGUGACUCUUCGCCUUACUUCAAGGCCUGGAUUUCACUCGCUGGAAUCAUGGGUCGCAUAUCUGACCGAAUCUACGCGCAUAAGUUCGGCAAUGCCGAAGAGAUGCUAUCUGAGACGAUCAAGCUCGACAAGCAAUUAUUGGAAUGGGAAAGCUCACUGCCUGACAGCCUCAGGCCUCGGGACAUAUUGCUCGAGCACUUGGAUGAGGCAAGCAAAAUUUGUGCUGGGUUUCUAUCUCAACAAUACUAUCAUGCUCAAAUAUCUGCCUUACGAGUAUCUCUUAUCUUUCCCCAGCAUGCGUUUUCAGCGGAGAUAAAACGGCACGGCAAAAAGUUAUCUCAGACACAGAGAUUGUUGGCCGGAGCCUCAAUAUGUGCACAGGCAGCAAGAGCCGUUGCAACGCAAAUCCUUCAAUUAGCAGAUGAGAACGUGCGAUCCCCGAGCUUGGGCAUUUCUCAAACAUUCCUGGCUUCGGUCGUACUAGCACUGGUCAUUCUUCGACAACCAAACAGCAGACUGGCUCGGUCCGAUGUCGAGUUGCUCACUUCCGCCACAGAGCAUAUGGAGGCGUGGUACUACCACUGUGGGUUUAGCCCAGGCUUCAUCCAGAUAUUCGUCGAGAUGCGGAAUCGAGUCGGUUCGGUCUUCCUCAAGACUAGCGCAAAAGCACUUCGGAAGAGUAGCUCUAUUGCAACGUCAUUGCCACGAACACAAGACGCGGUUAGUCAAGGUUCGGGGUUAACACCAUCGAUGGCCGGUAGCUAUGGCCACACUGGUACAACCCCGGCUCAUGGGAGUAGUGAGAGGUCAGGGAUGGGUAACCAAGAUACAGGUGAUGGAUUUGACGACUCGGCACUCAAUUUUUUCGGCAAUAUGGACUUUGAAGAACUAUGGAAUAUGAUGGACUCCGAUUUCAUGUCAUAUGAUACCGAUGUUCAGGUCAUUCCCUCGUGA